AUGGCUGCGCGUGCGUCGCUGCGGGACUGCCAGGCAUGGAGGGAUGCCGGGCUGCGGCUCUCCACCACCAGCAACGAGGCCUGCAGGCUGUUUGACGCUGCCCUCACCCAGUACGUCACGUGGACCAAUGACAAGAGUCUUGGUGGCCUGGAGGGAUGCUUUUCAAAGCUCAAGGAAGCAGACCCGACCUUCACGAUGGGCCAUGUCAUCUCCAACGGCCUCCUGCUGAUUGGCACCGGGACCUCAGUGAGGCUGGACAGAGAGCUGGCCCAGGCCCUGAAGACGAUGGUGGAGAAUUCGAAAACCCAGCCGCUGACGCAGCGGGAGCGGCUGCACGUGUCUGCGGUGGAGAAGUUCGCCAAGGGGAACUUUCCGGAAGCCUGUGAUCUGUGGGAACAGAUUCUCCGGGACCAUCCAACGGAUAUGCUGGCCCUGAAAUUUUCCCACGAUGCCUACUUCUACCUGGGCUAUCAGGAGCAGAUGCGGGACUCCGUGGCUCGAGUUUACCCCUUCUGGACACCUGACGUCCCCCUCAGCAGCUACGUGAAAGGCAUGUAUUCUUUUGGACUGAUGGAAACCCACUUCUACGAUCAGGCAGAAAAGCUUGCCAAGGAGGACUCGGACAUGCUGGCUUGUCACAAUUACUGGCACUGGGCGCUGUAUCUGAUAGAAGAGGGUGACUAUGAGGCCGCGCUGACCAUUUACGACGACCACGUCCUGCCCAGCAUGCGGGCCAGUGGCGCCAUGCUGGACGUGGUGGACAGCUGCUCCAUGCUGUACCGGCUCCAGCUGGAAGGGGUGCCGGUGGGUGAGCGCUGGCGGGACGUCCACUCUGUGACCCAGAAGCACAGCCGUGACCACGUCCUGCUAUUCAAUGAUGUCCACUUCCUGAUGGCCUCCCUGGGCGCACGGGACCCUGAGACCACGCAGGAGCUGCUGGCCACCCUUCAGGAGGCCAGCGUGUCCCCGGGGGAGAACUGCCAACACCACUUGGCCCGGGACGUGGGGCUCCCGCUGUGCCAGGCCCUGGUGGAGGCUGAGAACGGGAAUGCCGACCGGACCCUGGAGCUGCUUCUGCCCGUCCGGUACCGGCUCACCCAGAUCGGAGGCAGCAACGCCCAGAGAGAUGUCUUCAACCAGCUGCUGAUCCACGCGGCCUUGAACUGCACCUCCAGUGCCCAUAGGAACGUGGCCCGGAGCCUUCUGAUGGAGCGGGACGCCUUGAAGCCCGGCUCGCCCCUGACCGAGCGGCUCAUCCGCAAGGCGGCUGCCCGCCACCUCAUGCAGUGA